AUGAAUCGUGACUGUCACGCUGUUGGGGGAGGUCUAUCUAAACUGAAGGGACAGACAUGGAAGCUGUUCAUAGACAGGACCGCAAAUGGGUCACCCACGUUCGAUGCCGAGUACGAUGAUGAAGGAAUGUUUGAACCGAAUAGUGAGCAACAUAUACAUGUCAAAACGUACGGCGGUGUUUCGGGACAAAACAACUUGGCAGUGUACGGCGGUACGAAACAGGUCGCUUCAUCAGAAUCUUCGACCGAUCGAACGUUGAUGCCUAACCGCUCACGGGGGAGUGUGAUGCGCCUUGAUAAAGCCGACAUGGGCCUGUACGGUAUCUGCCCAGAGACAGACCCGUUCUAUGCGGUGAUUUGUGAUAUCUGUAACAGUGUGGUGAAACCGCAGGGAUUGCAAAAGCACAUGACGAACAGGCACCAUUCGUUGAUCAAUCACACAGCCAAACUGAACGCCAAUGGAAACAACAGUGCCAGCACGACUUUGGCCACCAUCGGAGGAAACAGCAAGGGCAGUAAUAGCUCACUAGCGGAGCAACAACACCUAAGCAACAGCUAUGCAUCGACAGAAAAGACUGAAGGCAUGAUACGCGCCGGUACAAACAGUGAGGUUUCAUCGGUUGCCCGUUCGGACGGUAAAACGAUAUCGAGUUUCUAUGGUACACAGAAUGAUGAUGUACCACUGCUAGAACCGUCCGUCAGCACAGUACCACCGGUAAAGAUACGCUCUACGGGUAGUGGAAAAGUUAAGAGUAAAACGGCAAAGAAUAUUUCCACACACGCCGCUGGAAAUACUUCAUCGUCAUCCUCUUCCUCCAAAUCAUCUUCCGGAUAUGGCAGCAACAAUAGUUCGCUUUCGUCAUCGUUCUCGAAAGCAUCCAUAUCGACAUCGAGUCAUACCGUGGCAGAAAGCAACGGUGCAGGUGCUGUGGCUGAGUUUGGACGUGAAUUCCCUGCCGGUGUUGCGAUCGGUAGCAGCGGGGUACCCUUAGUCCUGAUGAGCAACUGUUCAGGCGUGCUGGAGAAGAAAGCAACUUUUGCUAUCGGCAAUUCGAACGCACCUGGCGACGCUUCGUCAAGCUCCGGUGCGAAUCAGUCAGUGAAAUCGUCUUCGAAACGUGGUUCGAAGCAAGCUUCCUCUUCCUCAUCCAGUUCCUCACCAUCGUCCUCUUCAUCGUCUUCAUCCUCAUCGUCAUCAUCGUCCUCUUCUUCCUCGUCAUCAUCUAGCAGUAGCAGCAGUAGCAGUAGUAGCAGCAGCAGUUCUGGCAACAUAACGCAACAGUUGAAAUCGUCAUCGGACCGGAAGAGUGAUUCGCGCGCACGAGAAUUUGAUCCAGAUCGACACUGUGGGGUGGUAACACCUGAUGGCAAACGACACUGCACUCGUCCCAUUACCUGCAAAUCACACUCACUUUCGCAACGACGAGCUGUGCCGGGUAGAAGUAAAACGUUGGACAAACUAAUAGCGGAAAUGCGCGGAUAUGGUAUGGCCACCGGUGCUACUUCUUCGACACACAAGGAUGAUACAGGACCGUCACCAGCCUUUCUAGAUGUGAUGGAAUCGAGUAGUAGCUCCUCUACAGGAUUCGACGUUAGUGGGCGUAACACUGUUUCGGGAGAGAACACUAACCGAUCUUCCACAUCGCAAAUGGGGAGCAUUGGACACGAUGCUGCGAUAGGUCGUGGACACGGUACGGCAGGUGAAAGUGGUAAAAGCUCGCAUCACUCAUCAAAGUUACCAUCAAGCGAGCGUUCGAAGCACAAAACGUCCUCCCGGUCGCACGGCUCAGCCAGCGGUUCGGCAAGUCAUGCACAAUCAAAGUCAUCUAAUGCUCAUCAUCGCCAGGUCUCGAUCAAGCAUGGACAAUCGCGUGACACACCAGCGCAGCAACCAACAACGCUUUCCACUGGAUUAACGCAACAACCGCUAGGACCACCGCAGCAUGCACAGCAAAUAAUUUCUGCCGAUAUGCUUGGAUCACAAUUUGCUAGUGAAGAAUCGAUCGCAACGAAUCCAGUGCUACCGGACCAUACUGCAAUCGUUAUGAACCCAAAUACGAAUCUCUUGAAGUUGUCUGUUUCUGGGCAGUUGCAUUCCGGAAGUGCCGUCGAUGGUAGCGAUGGUUCACAGCAGUACGGAACGACCAAUUUAAUGCAAACUGACGGGUUAACGGUUACCCUUCCACUAUCUGUGAUAUCCUCAAUGAAUCUGGCCGGCACAAACUUGGUCAACAUGACGCAUGGCACACCGGCGGGAGGCGACAUUGGUGCGACCGUUGCAGGACAAGUUGCUUCUAACGCCGUUUCCAAUGGGUCAAACGCUAUGCUGCCGCCCGGAGUCGUUGAUUGUGGUAGUACCGAGCAAACCGCGUUCAUUCCUGCCGAACUGAUCGAUCAGCUGCCGCUUGUGUCACCGAAUGGAAAUGAGUUGCACGAUCAUAGCGCUGCUUAUCGGUUGGCUACACAUGCGGCUACAGGUACCGCGCCUGGUCAGGCUUCGAAUGGGCUUACCGAUCUGACCAUACCGUCGUACAAUGAUCAGAUUAAUUACACACUGCAAACAUUCGCUCAAAAUCUCGUUCAAUCAGCCGACGCUGUACAGCAGCAACAGCACCUUCAACAGCGGCAACAGCUGUCCGGUGUUCAGCCACAAGCGACGGGUCAGGUCGAUUUGGUGGACAGUAUCGAUGAUAUAGUGCCGACUAUAAAUCUUCUCCCAACCGCUACCAAUCCACUGGUCAUACCACAGCUGCAGGGUGACCUGGCCGAUUCUAUCAUUCUGACACCAAAUCAGUUAUCUAGCCUUUCCUUAGUCGAGCAACACUUUAUCGACAACAUUUCGGGCCUGAAGGCAGUAUCCGAGAUAGAUCCGCUCACCGUGAACGGUCCAGUUGAUAUAUCUAAGUUGAUGCUGCUAAAGAAGGUAGAUGAAGAAUUCCUUAAGGAAAGACAGCUCCAGCAAAUGCAGCAACAACAGGCCUUUUCCCACACAGUAGGACCGCUUGAUGAGGCUCGUGGCGUUAAGAUGUGGUACAGUUCGCUACCAAAACCGCUACAUGUGAAUAAUUUCCAAUUGCGCCGUCUAGCCGGAGGAUAUGUGAUGAACCGCAAGUUGUUAAAUAUUCGACGCAAUCUUUUGCAUGAAACCGCUGGUCUGGACGGGAAACGGUUAGCGUCUCCCAGCGGCUCCUCGACAAGUUCGUUGCUGUCAUCCGGCACGCCUCAUUCACCGCUCGGUGCAAGUGGUACAAGAACGGGCACACUAAUCGGUGGUCGUACUGGGAGCGAUAUCCUGCUGGCUUCGUUGGCAUCCCCGACCGGUGCCGGUAAAGGGAAGGUAAACGAUGCGGUAAACAGCAUGAAUGGUGGUGCUGGUGGUUUAGGAAGCCCUACCGGAGCUAGUGGUGGCAUUAACGCAGCAAUCAAUCGAAACAGUUCCUCCCAUCGAGGUCAGCGGCGAUUAAUUCUAGCGCCCCAGCAGCACCAGGGGCGGUCGGAGAAGUUGUCCUGCCUGCUUAGCAACGCAUAUUUCAAGGGUCUUAUCUCUUCUAUACAGCAAACGAAAGAGAUACACCACCAGAACAAUGCUACAGUUAAGAGUGUGGAUGAUGCGGCCGGUGUUGGUAGCAUAUUGACUGCUGAGCGCGCAAUGCAUUCGAUGAAACGAAGUGCAUCAUCACUCACAACACUAUCGAACAAACGAAUGAAGAUCAUCAACAAUCUACAUAGUUCGACCGCACCUCCGUCGGUUCUGCUGCAGGGAAGUGGCGGUGGUAGCAGUGGAAAAAAUAAGUCGAAAGUAUUAUAA